AUGACACAAUCUUUGACUUCCAUUGUUAGAAUCGGUGAUCGCAUUUUAAAAUCUCCUACUCUAUCCAAGUUAUGUGUUCCAGUUGCUAGAAAAUUUGUCGAUUUGUCUGGUUACAGAAAGUUGGGUCUGAAAUUUGAUGAUUUAAUCGCAGAAGAAUCUCCAUUGAUGCAAAAAGUCUUAAGAAGAUUACCAGAAGAGGAAUCUUACACAAGAAACUAUAGAAUCAUAAGAGCUCAUCAAACGGAAUUGACUCAUCAUUUACUACCAAAAACACAAUGGAUUCAAGCAAAGGAGGAUGUUCCAUAUUUAUUACCAUAUAUCCUAGAGGCUGAAGCUGCUGCAAAAGAAAAAGAUGAAUUGGAUAAUUUAAUUAUUGAGAAGAAAUAG